GGAGUGUGUUUUGGAUUUUCGAUUUUUCGACUUUGGAUGGAUUUAUUUGCCAUUUGCUUAUCUACUGAUCUGCUUCUCAACAAACUGAGGGACAUUAUAUAAAUGGCUGUGGUGCGAGGGGUUUCUUUUUUUCUUUCCUUAUGCGUUGGUGUAUGAUUUGAGCGAAGCACUGUCGUAUUGAAGAAUUAUAGUCGAGUAUGUCCUCACAAACAGCAAAGGUUACGAAGACUGGGUUACCAACUCCCAUGCCAGCAUACUUUCCAAUGGAAGGAUCGCCAUUGUAUGCUGACAGAGAAUUUUAUAAAAGGGUCCAUGAGAGCUCGAAGAAGCUAGUCUGGAAGGAGAUUGUGCCAAUCAGAUCAGGAAAAGCCUGGAAGGUUCCCAAGGGACAUGUUUGCAGAAUUACUACGCCCGAGGGACCGCAAGUGGGUGAUUUAAAUAUAUUCAACUACCACAAUCCAAGAGAAAGAUUUUGGGCUGCAAGAACCAGACAAUUGCAUUCUGCUCAUGUUUCUACAUACGACAGAUUAUGGUCGAAUUUGCCAUACUUGAGACCAAUGGCGACCAUUACUGGUGAUUCAAUUGACUAUGGGCUAGAUGAUCAGGGAGGCAGAUGCCACGAUUUGCUAGGAACAAGAUGCGAUCCAUAUGUCGACAAGUUGUUGUCUGGACAAGACAACGAUUUCCACUGCCAUUCCAAUUUGACCAGAGCCAUCCUCCCAUACGGGCUAACCGAGUUUGACGUGCACGAUGUGUUGAAUGUGUUUCAAUUGACAGGGCUAAACGAAAACGACCAGUACUUUAUGGAAACAUGUCCUGCCAAAGCUGGUGACUACUUUGAGUUCUUUGCUGAGAUAGACUUGUUGUGUGCCCUCUCGACCUGUCCUGGAGGCGACCUCUCGACGUGGGGCUGGGGCGAAGGCGACGAGGCCAGUGGGUCGAAGAGCAGCGAGGACGACAUGGUCAAGUGCUGCAGGCCCUUGGGCAUUGAGCUCUACGAGAUAGACAAGGCAGACGUGUUGCAGCAGUGGAGUGAACCUGGGUUCAUCAACUACAAGGGCAACCAUGGCUUGCAGUUCCCAGUGUUCAACAAGCAGAACAGGCAGUGGUAACAGAAAAAAGAAAGCACCGCACCGCUGGCUCCGUUCUGUCAAGUCAAUCUGAUGAUGCAGCACAAAAUCAACCACACCACUUUCACUCUUCGAGUAUUCUAUUGUGAUGCCUCUGGUUGCUCUAUUUGCUAUCAUUCUGCUAUGCCUCUGCUUUAUAUAAGCUCACCCAAUUCUCUUCUCUUUCUUUUUCUCUUUUCUUCUCUACCAUUUUCUCACUGCCUUGUCUUUUAUAUACCAUCUCUAUAAUCCACAGCCACUCCGACUCUACUUCAAUUCACAAUGGGUGUUCAAGACGUUUUAUCAAGAAAAACCGGUGUCAUUGUUGGCGACGAUGUUCGUGCUUUGUUUAACUACGCCCAAACAAAGGGUUUUGCCAUUCCUGCCAUCAAUGUAACCUCCUCUUCCACUGUUGUU